CGACGCGCUGGCGGUCGGGGCGGCCGGUGGGCGUGCUGGCGGCUUGGGCGGGCCUGCGGCUGCUGGGCGGGCGGUGGUCAACUGGCUGCCGCCCGCGCCGGGGCCGCCAAGCCCCUCUGAGGCGGCGCCGCCCGAGGCCGGCCCGGCCCUGGAGGCGUCUGAAGAGCUGACUCGAGCUUUCGCCUGCACAGAUGAAGCCGUGGCCCUGGCGGUGGCUCACGGCAGCUUCUACCGUUUCUUCGACCCCGUCAGCGGGCAGCAGCUGCAGCGCUGGAUCCUGGUGUCCCUGGAGUCGGGCGACGUGCGCCUGGACGGGAGCCGCGCGAUGAUCAGAGGCUCGGCGGGCUGGCAGCUGGUGGAGGACCAGCUCAACCUGGCUGGCAUGGCGAGCAUCGAGUUGCUGUGCAGACGGGUCUCGCAGUUCGUCGCAGCCUACGCGGGGGGCCCUGCCAGGCCGUCCAAGUGGGUCGGGCUUCGCUACUGCGUGGGCGUGGCGAGCCCGAUGAACGCGACCGACCCAGCCUUGCGCACCGCGGUCUUCCGCGGGAUCGACGAGGAGAUGGAGCCGGGGCUUUGCGUGCGUCUGGCCAAACUGCGCCACGUGGAGAGGGUGCUGAUUUGCCUGAACGAGUCAGAGCGCCGCGAGGAGGUAGGAGUCUUCUUCGUGGCCAAGAAGAGCGACCAGCUGCCUUUCAUCCUGCCUGCCUUCGACGCCAUCUACAAGUUCAUCGCCGCCAGCUACAGCAAGGGCGCCGUCUUGUGGGAGAGCGCGCGAGCGGAACUGGUGGCGUUCGAAGGUCGAGCCUUCGGGCCCCUCCCAGAGGCGGAGCGAGGCCAGGAGGGGCGGACCGGCGGGGCCGGGAGAUUCGGCGGCGCUCCAGGUGUGGAGCCCAUCGUAUUUGCGCAUGCCAUGUCG